AUGGCUAAUUCGGGUCUGCAGAUUCUGGGCUUCGCCCUGGCACUCAUCGGCCUGAUCGGACUGAUUAUCGGCACCAUUCUGCCCCAGUGGAAGAUGUCGGCUUACGUGGGGGACAAUAUCAUCACGGCGGUGGCGAUGUAUCAGGGACUGUGGAUGUCCUGUGCCUUCCAGAGUACCGGCCAAAUGCAGUGCAAGGUGUACGACUCCAUCCUGCAGCUGGACUCGGCUCUGCAGGCCACCCGGGCCCUCAUGAUCGUCGGCAUCGUCGUCUCCGUGGUCGGCCUGGGGGUGUCCACCAUGGGCAUGAAGUGCACCAACUGUGGGGGCGAUGACAAGACGCGCAAGUCUCGGAUCGCCAUGACGGGGGGCAUCAUCCUUCUGGUCGGGGGCUUGUGCGCGAUUGUGGCCUGCUCCUGGUUUGCAAACGGAAUCAUCAGAGCCUUCUAUGACCCCUUCACUCCUGUGAACACCAAGUAUGAGUUUGGAGCUGCCAUCUUCAUUGCCUGGGCAGGGUCUUUCCUGGUUCUCCUUGGUGGUGGCAUGCUGUCGGCUUCCUGUCCCAGAGGAAAACAGGGGAAAAUGGGAAAAUACCCUGUUCCUAGCUCUCGGCCACCCAGCAACACCAAGGAGUAUGUGUGAGAGUCCCCUGUCCUCCUUGAUCCAGUACUACACGAGGAAGGAGAGUUGCAUUGCUCCACACAGUGGGGUGCAACACCAAUUAGAGACUUUUUAGUGAUUUUUUUUUUUAAAUUUAAAUAUUUUUAAACCAUUGUGCCCUCCUGCUGUAUAUUAAAGUGUGAAGAUUUCCAAACUGGUACAUGUGCGGCAGGUGAUAAAAUCUAUCUGGUACUUCUGUCCCUGUUCUUUCAAUUAUAGAACUGAGUUGGGUUUUAUUGCAAAAUUAAUACCUUUUCAGGUAUGAGCACAGCUUUAGUCUGGUUAAAGGCGUUUAUCUGCCCCCAAGAGGUUAGAAAAGGCCUUUGGAUUUGUGUUAAGAGGAAAAGAGCACUUUGUGAACUGUGCAGUACUAGAGCCUUGUUAUUAAUCUGCUACCCUAGUGUGCUUGUGUCCUCUGAAAUUGCACUGUGCUUGGAGUCCUCAUUGAAAACUGGCAAGAAAGAAAAGGAUAAUUAGUUAUUCAUUUUGUAGAAGGUAGUUCUUUAAGAAUACAUUGUACUAAAAUGUGGAUUUAUCAUUUUAGCUUGACAUCUGAAGACCCAUUUUUUUCUUUGUAUUGCAAAGUUGUAACUAGAAAUGGAUUUGUAUAAAAUUAUAGCCUUCCCACCACUGUGCUUUUACAAAUGGAUCCUAAAACCUGAGUUUGAAAUGUUUCUUUUCCACUCCUGGUCCUGCAGUGCUGGUGUCUCUGUGGGUUUUCUAGGUCUCUUUAAGGCAGGUGUGAGCUUUAAGCAGCUGCAUCUGAAAACCAGCAUCAACCCUCCAGGACUAGGAUGGGAAAGCCCUGAAAUGUAUAUUGUGCCACAAACGUUCUUUUCAUUUAGUUUCUGGAGAACAUUGCUGAAGUUUCAUUUCCUUCCAAUCCGUAAUAGAUAUUCUCCAUUAUCUGAGAUGUAGUGCUUUGGAACCUGCCCUCUCUUCAGAAUCUACUCUAUUAGAUCUAGUACACCUACAUCUGCCAUCUUUAAAGGCAAAACCUUCAGGAUUGGCAGCUAUGUAUUAUUGCUUUCUUGAAUCUUGGAAACCUGCUCAUUGUGUUAGAAUACACUUUAUUAAACUGGAAUUGAAACUUUCGGUAUCCCUUUCCUGAGGGGGGGUAUUCAGUCUUAUUAAACGCUCCCUUUUGGGCACAAAAACGAUCAGUUUUUCCCCCCACACUUAGCCUUUAAAAUAUGCAGUGCUGUGAAAUUCCAUUUGGUGUGGUCUUGAAGAUUGACUUAUGUGCUGUUUUUUGUGCAACACCUAUUCCAAAUGGAAAGGAACAUUUAUUCUCUGAGCACCAUUAGCUAUUUAUACAGCAGUAGUAUGUGAUCUUUGCUGGGGUUUCCUGAAAAAUAUCUGUAGCUCUGAAAUUGUUUGUAUCCUGUUAAAUAGGUGUUUUCUAAUGGGGUCUGGAUAAAUUCCAGGGGGUGUUUUUCUUUUUCUAAGAAAAUAACUCUUCAGUCCAUUUAUUUAACUUUUUUAAAGUUUAUAUUUUUUAGAUGAUGGAUUGUAAAAACUUCAUUGUGUAAAUAAAGCCUAAAAGCCAUUUCUCUUG